AUGCAAGCCGUUUUAAAAUCUUUGUUCGCUUUAGUAUUGUUAUUCAGCAGUGUUGCAAUUGCAGCUCCUUCUGGCUUACUUACUCCAAGUAAUGAUCCAUUCUAUACUCCACCACGUGGAUAUGAAAAUGCUGCUGUUGGUGCUAUCUUAAACUCCAGAGCUACUCCUCAAUCCGUUAAGAGUGUUUAUGCUUCUGUUAAUGCUAAGAAUUCAUGGCAAUUAUUAGUUAGAUCUGAAGAUUCUUUUGGAAAUCCUAAUGCUGUUGUUACUACUGUGAUUGAACCUCAAAAUGCUGAUCCAUCUAAACUUCUUUCUUAUCAUUUCUUUCAAAACUCUGGAGAUUUCGAUUGUUCAACUUCUUACGGUCUUCAAGUUAACUCAGCUUUAAUGCCUGUUCUUCAAACUCAAUAUGAAAUGUUUUUCCUCGAAGCUGCUUUACAACAAGGUUGGUAUGUUGUUGCUCCAGAUUACGAAGGUCCUAAAGCUGCCUUCACAGCUGGUAGACAAGCAGGUAAAGCUGUAUUGAACUCCAUUAGAGCUUCAUUACAAUCUAACAGUGUUACCGGUAUCAAUGCCAAUGCUAAGAUUGCUCUUUGGGGUUACUCUGGUGGUUCAAUUGCAAGUGGUUGGGCUGCAGCUCUUCAACCAUCUUACGCUCCUGAACUUAGUACUAACUUAAUUGGUGCCGCUAUCGGUGGAUUUGUUACUAAUAUUACUGCUACUGCUGUCGCUGUAGACGGAAGUCCAUUCACGGGUUUAAUUCCAUUAGCUCUUAAUGGUUUAAGUAAUGAGUACUCCGAUAUUCUGUCAAUUGUCCAAUCUCAAAUGUCUUCUUCUAACUAUCAAUCAUUCUCACAAGCAAAUCAAUUUGGUAUGAUUCCAGGUGCUCUUAACUAUAUUGGUAAAACUUUCUUCUCAGGUAACAAAUUUUUCAAUGAUGGUCUUGCCUUCUUCCAAAACCCAACUAUUUCUAGUAUUUUCCAAGAAAAUACUUUAGCUAUUAGUUCAAGUACCGAAGUUCCUCAAAUUCCAUUAUUCAUUUAUCAUGGUGUUAAUGAUGCCGUUGCUCCACUUGCUAGUGCUCAAAGAGCUUAUAACAAUUGGUGUUCUUGGGGUUCUCCAUCUAUCGAACUUGCUCUUGAUAGUACCAAUGGUCAUGUUACUGAAAUCUUUAACGGAGCUCCGGCUGCUAUUUCAUGGCUUAACGCUAGAUUCCAGGGUGAAGCUGCUGUUAAAGGAUGUACUUCUACUACUAGAGUAACCAACCUUGAAUAUCCUGGAGCUACCACCUCUAUGAUCUUUUACUUCCAAUCUGCCUUUGCUAGUUUAAUCGACUUACCACUUGGACAAUUACUCCAAUUCUUACCUUAA